CCCAGCCUCCCAUCCCCGCUCCCCUCCCUUGUGGGAUGGAACCCAGGAGUCCGGGCUCCCAGCCUCCCAUCCCCGCUCCCAUCCCUUGUGGGAUGGAACCCAGGAGUCCGGGCUCCCAGUCUCGCUCCCCUCCCUCGUGGGAUGGAACCCAGGAGUCCGGGCUCCCAGCCUCCCAUCCCCGCUCCCCUCCCUUGUGGGAUGGAACCCAGGAGUCUGGGCUCACCAGCCUCCCAUCCCUGCUCCCCUCCCUUGUGGGAUGGAACCCAGGAGUCCGGGCUCCCAGCCUCGCUCCCCUCCCUCGUGGGAUGGAACCCAGGAGUCCGAGUUCCCAGCCUCCGAUCCCCGCUCCUCUCCCUUAUGGGAUGGAACCCAGGAGUCCGGGCCCCCCGUCCCUCUUCUGACCCGCUAGCCCCUCCCUCGGGGCUGGAACCCAGGCGUCCGGGCUCCCAGCGCCGAGCGAUGCCCCGUUGCCAUACAUGGUCAGCGCGCAGGGGCCGGAGCCGGGCUCCUUGGCUCUCCGGGAAGACGCGUCACGGGGCGGGGGGGGGCUCUGCCUCCAUCCGCCGCUGGGGCCGGGCCGCCAUGGACGACCUGGGUGACCCUGCCUCCCCUUCUUUCCCGCUUCGCCCCCGUCUAGUGGUGUUUGAUGCCCUGCUGGCUGAUCUGGAGACCACAACCUCUCACAUUUCCAAGCGCCCAGUACUGCUCACGGACUCUGGGGCAGCCCACGCCAACGGGCUGGGACAGGAUGGGAUGCCUGAGGCCAGGCCCCCCCCGCCUCCCUACAACCCUCAGCAGCAGGCCAUGUCUGUGGCCCCUCCGCCUGUCUCUGCCCCGCCUAGCGGGGGCGACAAAGAGCAUCUCUACAGCACUGUCUGCAAGCCCCGCUCGCCCCGGCCCAAGGAGCCAGCCGCGCCACCCUUUUCCUCGUCCAGCGGGGUGCUGGGCGCCGGCCUCUGUGAGCUGGACCGGCUGCUGCAGGAGCUCAACGCCACGCAGUUCAACAUCACAGACGAAAUCAUGUCCCAGUUCCCAUCCAACAAGGGCCCUGAUGGGGAGAAGCGGAAGGAGAAGCCAGAGGAUGCUGGGGAAGGGGGGUCCCCAAGCCGCUCUGCUGGCUCCACCCCACCUCCUGUGAAGCCAUCAGCCACAUCUGCUACCCUGGAGCUGGACAAACUCAUGGCCUCCUUGUCGGACUUCAGAGUCCAGAGCAACCUCCCGGGGGUCUCGGCUGCGCCGCCCCCGGCCCCCACCCGAGUCUCCCUGGCGCAGCAGCCGGUGGUGUCGUCCGUCUGCCCCAGCCCCUCUGGCCCGGCCCCCCCAGCAGCGCCGGCACCGCAGGGUGGCAAUUUGGACAGCAUGCUGGUGAUGUUGCAGUCGGACCUGAGCCGCCAGGGGAUCUCCACCAGCACCAAGGGGCUGUGCGCCUCCUGCCAGAAACCCAUCGCGGGGCAGGUGGUGACGGCGCUGGGCAACACCUGGCACCCCGAGCACUUCGUCUGCACCCACUGCCAGAAGGAGAUGGGGGGCAGCAACUUCUUCGAGAAGGAUGGCGCCCCCUACUGUGAGAGGGACUACUUCCAGCUUUUCUCGCCCCGCUGCGGCCUCUGCAACGAGCCCAUCCUGGAUAAAAUGGUGACAGCUCUGGACAAGAACUGGCACCCGGAGCAUUUCUGCUGUGUGAAGUGUGGGAGGCCCUUUGGGGAGGAAGGCUUCCACGAGAAGGACGGCCAGCAGUACUGCCGCCAGGACUUCUACGAGCUCUUCUCCACGCGCUGCCAGGGCUGCAACCAGGCCAUCCUGGAGAACUACAUCUCGGCCCUCAGCGCCCUCUGGCACCCCGAGUGCUUCGUCUGCAGGGAGUGUUACGCGCCGUUCCUGCAGGGCAGUUUCUUCGAGCACGGCGGGCGGCCCUUCUGCGAGACGCACUACCACAAGCAGCGGGGCUCGCUGUGCUGGGGCUGCGAGAAGCCCAUCGCCGGGCGCUGCAUCACCGCCAUGGCCCGCAAGUUCCACCCCGAGCACUUCGUCUGCGCCUUCUGCCUCAAACAGCUCAACAAGGGCACCUUCAAGGAGCAGAACGACAAGCCCUACUGCCACCCCUGCUUCCUCAAGCUCUUUGGCUAAGCCACGCCCUUGUCCGGGCAGGCCCCGCCCCCAGGCCCAGCCACACCCCCGCAGGCCCCGCCCCUGGCCCAGUCAUGGUGGGCA